UGUCCGAGGGGGCGGGAACGCACAAACUUCUCCUCCUGCAUUUCCAUUUUUUUUUCCUUUCAGAUAUUACUCUCGCGCUUACCUUGCGCACGCCGCUGUGUUUAUCCUGCAGUCUCGCGCGGAAACUCGGGACUGACUUGGUGAUUAUUUUUUGCUCUCCUGUCUCUCUGUCUCUCUGGUUUCUGAGCAGCGCGAUGGCCUCUAACGGGAGCGGGACGGAGGCGCUGGGCACGCGUCUGGCGGAGGAUCAGCUGCGCGUGCUGGAGGAGAAUUUCUCUCGCGGGGGCCGGAACCCGGACGGAGCAACGCUCGCGCUCAUCGCCGCUGAAUGUGGACUCAGUGAGGAGGAGACGCUGAAAUGGUUCAGGAUGCGUAACGCUCAGUGGAGACAAGCAGAGGGACUGCCUGCUCAACCGGGAUCAGUCAAAGACUGAAGACAAGCAAGCAGUGCUCUUUCUCUAUACGCACACCUCAUGCCGCUAGUCCUCUCUAUCUCUCUAUCAUCCAUCCCUUCUCUUUCCAUCUGUCCUUCUUAUUCUAUUAAUCUGUCCACUAUGGGACAGGGCUAGUACUUUCUCAUUGCUCAAUGUUCUUUAUUUUUUGCAGUAUGUAUGUGAAGUAAAUGUAUAUUGCACACACAAAUGUCAUGUUUACAUAAAAAAUAAACUGUAUAUAUGGUUA